AACAAAGUGUAACUCUUUUAAAGUAAUAAUUAUAUUAUUGUAAAAAUAUACGUUAAAUAAGUAAAUCUUAUCAUAUUUUAACGAUAACAGACGAACAAAGUAGUGUAACAAUGGACGACGUACAUAGAAGGAUUAUAAAGAACAAUAAACAGCGCUUAAUUGAAAUUACAAAUUAUUAUGAAAUGAGUAAACUGCUUUUAAAGAAGAAGGUAUUUACAGAAACUAUGAUUAGUAUCAUAGAAAAUGAGAACGAUGACGAACAUAAGCGAUUAGAUAGACUGUAUGAUAAAUUGACAAAAAGAGGACCAUUAGCAUUUAAUAUACUUUUGGAAAUUUUCAAGGAAGAGAAAAAUGACGAAGCAUUAAACUUUUUAACAUCAUCUACUGUAUCAGCUCAAACAUUCACUUGUCCAGCUGUAAUUGAAGAGAAUCGAUUCCUUUCAUUACGAGAAACAAGUAACUUAAACAGGCAAAACUCUCUAAUUACAUCCAUAAAUCCAAACAAUGAAAUCAGAAUGAAAAAUGACAUGAAUUACAUCAACAAUAAUAUAAGCAGUAAGGAAGAAGAUAGUAGUGAAGCUACAGAUGGUAUUGGAAUGAGCAAAAAGGCUAAAUUGAAGCUACAGCCAUUUGAAAAGGAGACAUUUUUUCAACUGGAACCAAAUGUUGAAGUCAAGAGAGCUGCCAAUUUCGGAACACAUCCAAAACUUCCAGUAUACUCGAUGAAGAGUCGUAGACGUGGUGUACUCUUUUUUGUAAAUAUAAUUAACUUUGAGAACUCAAAAACCAAUCGAAAUGGUGCUCAUAGAGAUCGUGAGAACUUGGUAACGCUCUUUCGUGAAUUAGGCUUUACUGUUUUCUAUUAUGAAGAUUUAACAAAGAUACAGCUUCUUGAAUUGCUUAAUCAAUUGGUUGAUUCAACAUACAUUAAGAAUAUUGAUGCUUUCUUUUUGUGCAUCCAAACUCACGGUGAUUUAUAUGAUAAUCAAACAAUAAUGGAAUUUUCGGAUGGAAGUCGUGAAGCCACAGAAGAUGUCAUCGCAAUGUUUUCGAAUGUGUUAUGUCCAGCACUAGUUGGCAAACCAAAAGUAUUCUUCUUUCCAUUUUGUCGUGGAAAGAUAUCUGAUAGAUUUAGUAACGUUUAUGUAAAAAUUGAAACUGAUGGAAAGCCUUUAAAUGAAAUGUCACAGAUUUCAGUGCCAAAAUUUAGUGACAUUUUGAUAUGUUAUGGAACUAUUCCUGGAUUUAUGACUCAUCGUGAUAUUGAAUUUGGAAGCUGGUAUGUAAGGGAGUUGUGUAAAGUAUUUGCAGAACAUGCUUACGAUAUUCACAUUGAAGAUAUGCUGAAAUUAGUUGGUUCCAAUACAAUGAAUUAUAUGGAUGAUAAAGGACGGACACAAGUGGCUUCAGUCGAAAGUCGAGGAUUUAACAAAUUACUCUUCCUCAAUCCUAAGAUAUAUGAUUAAAUAUACUCAA